GCUUAUAGUGAGUGCUUUUUUUGUAUAUUUACCUGUUAUUAUUUAGCGGCUCACAGAAACGCAACGACGUCUUGUUUGUUACUGCCGCCUUCAACAGGUGUUGGAUCCAUGCCGAAAACAAUCUAUUGGUUCCCAUGAAAGAGAUGUGUUCCUGUUCAAUGAUAUGCUUGUGGUUGCAAAAGCUAUUAACAGACGACGCUCAUCCUCACACACUUCUUACACGCUCAAACACUGGUUACCCCUACUGGGUGCGAGAGUGAAUGAGUUCAAGAGAACCCAUUACGAAUUCGGGUUGACAAUCAUUGGGCCGGGACCUGAGGGUCAGUCGUUGCACUUUAAUGCGAGGAAUUUUGAUGACAGGUGA